AUGGUUUCAAUCACUCGAGCAGCUAAUUGGGACAAUGUUUAUGAGCAGCAAUUCAUUGCAAUACCACCUACGGGAGACGAAGUCGUAUUGUAUCAAACAAGCCAUGAAGAUCCCAAUAUUGAAUCCAAUACAAUAGUUCCACUUAAAUCGAGAGGCGGAUUUGACAACAUCCAAUGUUCAAGUUACUUGAGCACUAGACAAGGGGUUAUAGGAGUGGGGUCGAUAAAUGGUGAGAUAUCAAUAUUUGACAUCAAUUCGUCAUCCUCCUCUGCCUUGCAUUUACAACCAAAACAACAUAGACCUUGUAAUUCUGUUUCGUUCAGUCAUUCUAAUUUGUUAGCAGCAGGAUUCGACAAGGGAAGACAAGAUAACUCAUUACAAAUCUGGGACAUACAAGAAUACCCCAACUCUAAAAGUACACUUGAUGAUGCCACAUCCAAACGCCCCGUGCUGUCAUAUAUUCCCAACGAAGCUGUAUUAUCGACCGUGUUUCUUCCUGACAGGGAAUCUAACGUAAUUUGUGGCUCGUAUAAGUUUUUGAGAGAGGUAGACACUAGGGCAGAUCUGCCAAUAUAUCAGAUUGCCACGAAAUGUACGUUGGGAUUGAUGGUGGAUCCAUUCCAACCACAUUUGUUCCAAUCGUAUAGCGAGGACGGAUCCUUGUCUAUUUGGGACCGAAGAAAGCUCACGAGUAACAAUCGAAAGCCAAAGGCUUCUAGUGGGAAUAUCCUCACUGAAAACCCCUUGUUGCAAUUUAAUAAGCUAUUGAGUGGUUCGUCAUUCAGAAAGAAUCUUCGUCCAUGUGUCCGCUACUCUGCUGUUCGGAGGGGUGAAUUUGCUUCGAUAUACAAUGGUGAUCUCAUAAGACGGUGGCACACUGGUGUUGUGCCACCAAAGAAAGUGAUACCUAAUAGGUCAUUUGAAUCUGCGACAUUACAAAGCUUGGUCCAGCAAUCUUCCGUAUUGUACAAACCAACAGAGGAAUCUUUAUUCGUUUCGAUGGUUCUUGAUGUCAAGACCGAUUAUGAAAAGGUUGUAUCAUUUGACUACUCUCCGGACAUUUUAUCUCAUACAUCGACUAAUUUUGUGUGCAUGAGACAAUCGGGAUCGGUGUUUAGAAUGCCAGUCGUUGAAUCAAUCGAAGCAUUGGAUUUUAAUCCUUGCAAUGAGUUUUCAAUUGCUGGGCCUGAAGGGACUACUACCAAUUUCCUCACACCGGAUGUAUCUCAAGAUACUGCGAUCGGUAAUCAGAGGAGAAGAAAGCUGUCUCAAAUAAAGCUCGAUGAUUUGUCAAUUGACGAAAACUUCAGAGGAGGAGAAUACGAAGAAGACCACAAUUCACUUGAAGGCACCUCAAUGACUGUUGAUGAUAGCACUGGCGAUAGAGCCACCUCCAAUGGGAAAGAGUUUGCAUACGACGAACACGAAUCUGAACCCAUUUUCAAUACGUACUUAGAUUCUAAUUCCAUUAAUAUCAAUGACAUAUGUGUUGUGAUUAGAAGGCGGGCAAGUAUGGGGUACGGGGUCCUUCCAGAUAAAAACAUUGAAAUUUUAGAAAAGCUUGAUCCAAAUGACAACCAACUAGCACUAAGACAUGUGUGGAAGUGGCUCAGUUUAGCCAAGAAAUCAUUGGACAAAGGAACCAUGGUUUCAGAAGGAAUUGAUUUAGGGUAUCAGGGAGUGCAAGGUAUUUGGAACGGAGUUGAUGCUUUGAACGAUCAAAAUCGAGUCAUUUCUGCUAGAGACAAAAUCAAUGAAGCUUGGUUCACACAAGCUGUAAAGUCAAUAAUUGCUUCAAAAGGCAAAAAAAUUAUCGGAAUCAAUAUACCAGAGGAUAGUGAAAAGAAGGCACAGCGUAAGCUAUGCUUGAUUGUCUCCGGUUGGUACCUUACCGAGAAUGAGUUUGAAGACAAACUACAGCAAUUAAUUUCCUUAGGAAUGGUCUCGAAAGCAGCUGGAUGGGCGGUUUUCCAUGGGAACGUGGCCAAGGCUAUUGAAAUUUUGAGCAACUCUAAAAAGGAAAGGUUAAGGUUGAUGGCCACAGCUAUUGCUGGAUAUUUAGCAUACAAAAACACAAAUACAAAUAGUCCCUGGAAAGACCAAUGCCGAAAAAUGGCGUCAGAGUUAGAUGAUCCGUAUUUGAGAGCAAUAUUUGCUUUUAUUGCCGAUGAUGACUGGUGGGAUGUUUUAGAUGAGCAUUCUCUUCCAUUGAGAGAGCGAAUAGGGGUUGCUAUAAGAUUUCUACCAGAUCGUGAUUUGUCUGUUUAUUUGAAUCGAAUUGGCGAUACUGUUGUGCAGAGGGGGGAACUCGAGGGAUUAAUCUUGACUGGAAUCGCUCCGAGAGGUAUUGAUUUAUUGCAGAGUUAUGUUGACAGAACCAGUGAUGUUCAGACAGCGGCCCUACUUUCGGCAUUUGCCUGCCCCAGAUACUUUGCUGAUAACAGAGUGAGACACUGGAUCGAUUGUUAUCGGACCCUUUUAAAUAGCUGGCGCAUGUAUAGCGUCAGAGCAAAGUUGGAUGUGUCUCGAACAAAGUUGUCAAAAGCAUUUGACGGUGAAAAGAAAAUCAAAGCUGUGCCUAAGCAAGUGUACCUUCAGUGUAACCGUUGUAACAAGAACAUAUCAAAGGGAUACAAUAACAAGAACAGUCAAAACUUGAUGAAACAGUUUUCGAAGCCCGGCGGGAAAAAGAGUGACCUAUUGAACGCAUGUCCUCAUUGUGGUGCACCUUUGCCCAGGUGCUCGAUAUGUUUAUUGUCUCUUGGGUCGGAAAUAGCACUGGACCACAAUAACGCCACCACCUCCAUUAAUGAAGAAAUUGACAAUAAAUUUAAAAAUUGGUUUAGUUUUUGCUUGAGUUGUAAUCAUUGUUACCACGCCCAUCAUGCAGAAGAGUGGUUUUCAACACAUAGCAUCUGUCCUGUCCCUGAUUGUGGUUGUCAAUGCAAUAAUAAAUAA